GCGGCGGCGGACCGAACGUCAUUUCGGGCGAACCGACACUUAAAAUAAGCAUACACUGUACGGCACCGCCGCCGCCGCCGCCGCCGCCGCUUUCGAAACGCGCCAAAAAAGCUCGUUGCCGCCGCUAGUGAUCGCCAGUGCGCUUUCGGUGUGCGGUUGUCGCGGACGUCUGCUGCAGCGGCUGCGCGUCUCCUAGGCCGUCAUUACUAUCACACGCACACACACACACACGUGCGCGCGCACACGCACACAAACACGAGCACGCGCGUGCGCACUCGCUUCGAGUUUGGGUUGUCGGAUUUUCCACGCCCGGCUCGCCCCCCGCGCCGAGUCGGAUUCAAGUUUAAAAUUUAACGUCGCACCGGUUUUUCGCCGUCCUUUUUUUCCCCGUCCACCCGUCCCCGUGAUCGUAUUGCCAUAAUAUUACAACAUUAUUACACUCGGAUACUGAAUAUUAUAAUGUAAGGCCCGUCGUAUUUUGUGUACAAUUUUCCCGUCGUCGCACCGUUAUCACGUCCGGGUGACAAAAGACGAACGACAACACCACCUUGCCCAUCGUAUACCUGGUGACGGAAGCGAUGGUCCGCGAUCGGCAGUACACGACUACGUCCGGCUGCUGCGUUGGCCGUUUCGUGCCUACACUGUGACUCCUACAACUUUGGUCUCCGGAGGAAUCUUUCUGCGACGCACGUGGUGACCGACACUGCCUGCAAUACACUAUUGUACGAUCUGUCUUGAAGAGGUGCACUGCAGAGUCCGAGCAGGGGCGGUCCGAGGGAAGGAAUCGCAGAAAUUCAAAAAACUCAUAAAAUAUUUAAAAAAAAAAAAUAAUUCGAGGGCAUUACCGGGUGUCCCAGGCGUGAAUUCGGUUGUCCGGCGUCGCAUACGACGUCGGCUGCGGCGGCGGCGUCGGAGGUGGCGGCGGUGCGACGGCGACGGCGGCGACGAUGAGGCGCGCCACCAGCAGCGUUUUCACUUGUAGCAGUCGGCCGGCGAGUAGUGCUUAGCACGCGUCGGCGGCCAUGCAAGCGGGUGGCGUGACGGCGGCGCCCGCGCCGGCGCCGACCAACGGGUAUGGGGCGCAGCAGCAACAGCAACAGCAGCAGCAACAGCAACAGCAGCAGCAACAGCAGCAACAGCAGCAGCAGCAGCAGCAGCAGCAGCAGCAACAGAUGCUGUUGCAGCAGCACCACCAGCAGCAGUUGUCCAACAACUCGCCGGCGUCGACGGCGGCCACCGGCACGGCCACCACCAACAAGAUACUGAUAAACGGCGGCCGGUUCGACUUCGACGACGGCGGCACGUACUGCGGCGGCUGGGAGGACGGCAAGGCGCACGGGCACGGCGUGUGCACCGGUCCCAAGGGCCAGGGAGCGUACUCGGGAUCUUGGCACUAUGGGUUCGAGGUGUCCGGCGUCUACAUGUGGCCCAGCGGUAACACUUUCGAGGGUCAAUGGCAGAACGGCAAGAGACACGGGUUGGGCGUCGAGUCCCGGGGUCGGUGGUUGUACAGAGGAGAAUGGACACAAGGUUUCAAGGGCCGGUACGGUGUCAGACAGUCGGCCACGACCAACGCCAAGUACGAAGGGACUUGGGCCAACGGGCUGCAAGACGGCUACGGGUCGGAGACGUACGCCGACGGUGGUACGGAUUUAAUCUUAAACAUAAUAUUAUAA